AUGGCCAUCGCAACACAGGGACUUUCGGAGCGCGGCAUCUCAAGGUAUUGCUCUAACCUUGCACACACGCUACGCGAGGAGAUGUUUCAAGCACUGUUCAGAGCAAAGGAUCGGGAGCCUGAGGAUACAAACGAGGAAUCAAGACGACACGAGAAGACCAUCGAAGACUUCAUGGCAAUGUCACGACGGGGUCGGUCUAACAUCGAAGACCAGGCUACCGAUGUAGAUCACACCCAUGACUGGGUCUUGAUGGCUACACUGGUCGCAGCAAAUGGGGCGGAGGAUUACGACCUCUUGACCACGGAGAGCCUGGGCUACAAGGAUCCGGAUUUCCGACGGGUUGCGUGGUGGACUCCCGUUGUGACCGCUUCCACCUUCUACGUAUUCUGGACCACUAUCAUCUCGUCUCCCCUGCGGCUGGGCGCUUUCGUGCUCACGGUGGUGCUUCCAUCUGCCACCCUCGUCAUGACGGCUCAUCGGUACAUUUCGGCGCAUAGACUCGCUGCGCUCAGGCUGACGUUGCCGCCGGCAGAGCUGCAUCGCGCUACCCGAUCGCACUCGCUGAUGGACCCGGGUCAGUUUGGUCCGAGCCUGGGUCUGCUCAUCUGCCUCGCGAUUUUGGUGAAUGUAGACGCGGACACAUCGAGGAACCGUUGGCUCGACAUGUUGGCCCCGGUGGCCAAGUUGGGUGCCGUUCCACUGAGCCUCUGCGUCACGCUGAACCUCGCCGUCCCGCUGCUAACGCCAUGGACGUCACGUGUGACUUUCUACGAUGGGCCAUCGGGCAGCGGCAGAUCAUGGAAGAGAGUCGGUCAUACAAAUGAUCGGAUCGAUAUUUGGAUCAGGAAGGUGAUGGAUGCCUCAACGGGAACGCAAAAAGGGGUGUGGGAGCUCAAGACCUCGUACAGCCCAGACAGCAGACGAUACAGACUCGAAAAGGCUGGCAGGCCCUUGGGUGCUGUACUUCGUAUCGUCCUGUAA